CAGAGACACUGCUUUCGCCAAGUAAAUUCAUCCAGUGAUCCGUCGAUGGACAACGAAGACCGUUGUAAUGGUGGAUUUAUCGAACAAGUCCAUCUCUCUCACUGAGGCUCAGGUUGAAGAGUUUCAGGAGGCCUUUGGUCUGUUUGACAAGGAUGGCAAUGGCUGCAUCAGCGUGGACGAACUUGGUGUCGUCUUGAAAGCAUUGGGAAGAACCCCGACGCAGGAUGAGUUGAAAGCCAUGAUCGGUGAAGCCGAUGAGGAUGGCAGCGGACAAAUUGAAUUCCCUGAGUUCUUGAAGUUGAUGGCAGCGAAACUGCAUGACAUGGAUUCCGUGGAGGAGUUGCAAGAAGCCUUCUCUGUCUUCGAUCGCGACAAGAGUGGGCAAGUGACGGCCAGCGAGCUGAAGCACGUGAUGAACAGCUUGGGAGAGAAGGUCACCAAUGAAGAAGUCGAGCAGAUGAUUGCCGAGGCUGACAUUGAUGGUGAUGGAGAGUUGAGUGUAGAUGAUUUCAUUCAGUUUGUUCAGAUGAAAAGCUUGAACUCAAGGCAAUGAGGAUCCAUUUCCUGCUCAAGGCUGAUUUGACAAGGUCAAAA